CUCGUUUCGUCAUUGCUUCUGGAAGACGUACAAACUGUCACGAUUUCUUCUACUUAUCAUUGUACAUAUUUAGUAUUUAUUUCUUGUAGUUAGUUAGGAUGUCAUUGAUCUCGGUGCUCACAAGACUACCGAAGUCUUCAACAAGAGCCUUAACAUUUAGAUAUCGUUUGACUCUGAGAGCAAUGUCUUCGCUUCCGCCAGUCGUUAAAGGAGAUUUCAACGCUUUGCCGAAGAAGGUUCAAGCCUUCGUCGAAGAGAACGCCAAGUUGUGCACUCCUAAGAAUAUCCACAUAUGUGAUGGCACAAAAGAAGAGAAUGAGAAACUCGUAGACCUGUUAGUGAAGGCUGGGACUUGUUCUCCACUUGCAAAGCAUGACAAUUGCUACGUAGCCAGAACUGACCCUAAGGAUGUUGCUCGAGUUGAAGGCAAGACAUUUAUUUGCACCGAGGAUCGAUACGAAGCUGUGCCUCAUGUGAAAGAAGGCGUUGAAGGCAAGUUGGGACGUUGGCUAUCUAUGGACGAAGUCAAAACUAAACUAGAUGAACGYUUUCCUGGCUCUAUGAAAGGCCGUACCAUGUAUGUCAUUCCAUUCAGCAUGGGRCCAAUAGGAUCCAAAGUGUCCAAGAUCGGAAUUGAACUGACUGAUUCACCRUAYGUYGUGUGCUGUAUGAAGAUCAUGACACGCAUGGGAGCCACAGUAUUGAAUGCUCUUGGCGAAGGGGAGUUUGUAAGGGGUCUUCAUUCAAUUGGUUUACCUGAUGAUGGGGUCAAWAAGCCAGAGGUUYCUUACUGGCCAUGUAAUCCUGAAAAGACCAUCAUCACACACUUUCCAAAGACUCGUGAAAUCAAGUCGUUUGGUAGUGGCUAUGGAGGGAAUUCCUUGYUGGGCAAGAAAUGCUUUGCUUUGAGAAUUGCAGGGGUGAUUGCCAGGGAUGAAGGAUGGUUAGCUGAACACAUGAUGAUAAUGGGACUGACAAAYCCACAGGGCGAAAAGAAAUUCAUUGCUGCUGCUUUCCCUAGUGCUUGUGGCAAGACAAACUUAGCCAUGUUGCAGCCAACAAUUCCUGGCUGGAAAGUAGAGUGUGUAGGAGAUGACAUUGCUUGGAUGUGGUUCGAUGACCAUGGUCAACUCCGCGCUAUUAAUCCAGAAAGUGGCUUCUUUGGAGUUGCACCAGGCACGUCUCGAUUGACGAACCCCAAUGCCAUGAAGACCUUUGAAAAGGACACCGUCUUUACAAAUGUUGCUGAAACCAGUGAUGGAGACUUCUGGUGGGAAGGACUUGAUCCUCCAGCUAAAGGUAUCACAAUCAAAUCAUGGCUCAAUGAAGAAAACUGGGAUCCAGCCUCUGGCCGCAAAGCUGCCCACCCCAACUCAAGAUUCUGUGCCCCAAGUGACCACUGCCCCAUCAUGGACAAAGACUGGGAGAACCCUGCUGGUGUACCAAUAAGUGCAAUUUUGUUUGGUGGACGUCGCCCAACAGGGGUACCACUGAUCUAUCAAUCAUUCAACUGGCAGCAUGGCGUGUUUGUUGCUUCUUCAUUAUCCUCUGAAACCACAGCGGCUGCUGAGUUUAAGGGCAAGAACAUUAUGAGGGAUCCCUUUGCCAUGAGACCAUUCUUUGGGUACAACUUUGGCAAGUACUUGGAGCACUGGCUAGAAAUGGACAAAGCACCACACAAGGUUCCCCCGAUUUUCCAUGUUAACUGGUUUCGUGUUGAUGAACAUGGCAACUUUUUAUGGCCAGGCUUUGGCGAGAACAGUCGAGUUCUUGAGUGGGUAUUUAGACGUGCAAAYAACGAGGACAUUGCUGAUGUAACCCCAGUGGGCUUUGUUCCAAAGAAAGGUGAAAUCAAUGUUGAUGGACUUGAGUGGGAAGACGGUCAAUGGGAUGAGCUCUUUUCCCUUCCCAAGGACUACUGGUUGAGUGAAUGUGACAACCUACGCAAAUAUUUUGAAGAUCAAGUUGGAAGCGACUUACCGAAAGCAAUUUCAGAUGAGCUUGAUGCCUUGGUAAAACGAUUGAAGGCUUGAAAGGAUGACUUUGUCAAAAAGAACUAAAAACUUUAAUGUUUUUGCCCGAAAGGAUAUGAUAAAAAUUUGAUAAAGUGUAAACUGUUUUAAAGAAGGUACAUUUGUUAUUACAUCUUGGGUGAUAAACAGUAUAGCAAUGAGGUAACAAUAAUGUAUAAUUAUAAUCCCUGAUGUACGUAGUGAAUAAUCCAGUUUAUAAAGCUAUCUACCUUUGUGACAGAACUUUCUAGAUUGCAAGAUGUUCCAUUAGAGUGAAGUCAAAAAAUAUCUUUUCAACAGAAGUUAGAUUUAUCAAACUUGAAUUAUCUAAUUCUAUUGUUUUCCUUUUAUAUUAAUCAUAGUAUGUUAUUUUAUUCCGCUUUAUAAGUUAAAUGUCUUCACAGGAGUCAAAUACUUUUGUUGCUAUUAGAUAUUUCUAAAUAUUUAUCAAUUUUCCUCUUUCAUUUCAUCAGAGUAGUCCAACCUGUGAAACAUACUUGAUUACUUUGGUUCUUUGGUUGUCUGCAUAUUAAUUUAAAAUUCUCAAAACCAGUAGAGCUUAUUUUUCAAACUUGUUAAAACAGAUAUCAAUGUUUUUCAUUUUUUAUGUUUUGUGGUGUGGAUACUAUAUCAGAUAAAUAUGUUCCGGGUUUAGUAAUUAAURCUGUAUCUCAACUAUGAUGGAUAAUGAACUUUGGUUCAAUUAGGAAGAGUCGCAUUCCCCUGUGCACCUCGCUCUUAAAAUCACAUAGCUUGUUGCACCAAAGAUGACAGUUCAACUUCUUUGUUUUUAUGUUUGAAAAGCUGUCUACUGGUUUUGAUAAUACUAUUGAUCAUUAUAGAAAUUAUUACACCCUUUUUCGCAAGGUGAUAAAGCUCUAGUCAAUUAUUA